AUGGUAGAAACAAAACCAAAACCAACAGAAGUCCAAAAAAAGAAAACAUUAUAUGAAGUUAUGUUCAAAAGUAGAGAAUUUAUUAUUGAUGUUUAUUUAAGAUUCGAUUGUUUCAUAUAUUUAAUUUUAGGUGGAUUUGGAUUUUAUCAACCAUCUAAUUUGAUAACUUUAUUAAAUUAUUCAAAAUCAGACCUUGGUUUAUUCAACAAUACAGAUAGUAGUAUUUCAAAUAAUAAUAAUAAUAAUAAUAAUAUCAAUACAGAAGAACAAUAUAGUACAUAUGAUAAUAAUUUAUUAGAUAAUCAAAAUGAAUUCCAAAUUGACAAUAAUAACAAUAACAAUAAUAAUGAAUUUAUACCAUUAUAUCAAAAUCCAAUUUUAAUAUCAGUUGUAACAAUGUAUACAUUAAUGGUAUCAUUAGUUGCAAUUUUCCAAUGCUUAAUUUCAUUAUUGGCAUUAAUUCAAAAAGAGAAAUCAACUAAAUCAAUACUUAUAAAUUUAUCACUCACUUUGAAUUUCUUUUUAUUAUUAUUCAAUACUUAUGUACUUUCAACUCAAUCUGAAAUAUUCUCAAAAUUUGCUUAUAUGGGUUUAAUAGUAUCUUAUAUCAUCUCUUUAUUAGAUUUCUCUGCAUUAUUCUUUUUAACAAGUAAACAUAAAUCAGUAUUAUCUGUCAUCUCUUCAAUCUUUUCUUUCUUUUUAAUGUGUUUAAAAGUUAGACCAAAAUUACCAAAAUUACCAAAACUUAAUAGCAAUAAUAAUAAUGGUAAUAAAAAAAAGAAAUAA